CGCUCGCGCGUCUGAGCUGGAAUGCAUUGACGUAAGAGCAGGCGCGCUGGUGCGCUCGAGCCCGAGGUGAGCGCUCGAGCACUGCAGAGACACUGACGAGCUCAACAACAUCUCAGCACAACAUCUCUCCUUCUCUCUCUCUCUCUCUCUCAUUUCACUCCUUUCACCUUCACCUUCUCCUACAGCCGAACCAACCGAGACUCAGCAGAUUCUGUGUGACAGGAAAAGGAGAAAGACGGUUGGUAAACAUUUUGUUGUCAGAACUGAAGAGAAGGAGGCGGAUGCUCGGUAAACAGAUAAACAGCCUUCGUGUCGCUCCGGUGAUGUCUCACUAGAGCUGCGUUCGUUUCGACCGUCCUGUAACUGCACAUCGCCCCGCACCUCUGAUUCAAUAUGGCCGCUAUAAAGAGCGGCUCAGAGGGCAAAAUUGCCGGCCUCUACGAGCUGGAUCGCACACUAGGGAAAGGCCACUUCGCCGUCGUGAAGCUCGCACGCCACGUUUUCACCAGGCAGCUGGUGGCUGUGAAAAUCAUCGAUAAGACCAAGCUGGAUGGCAUGGCCAUGGGCCACCUGCUGCAGGAAGUGCGCUGCAUGAAGCUGGUACAGCACCCCAACGUGGUGCGUCUCUACGAGGUGAUCGACACGCACACCAAACUCUACCUCAUCCUGGAGCUGGGUGAUGGCGGAGACCUGUACGACUACAUCCUGCGGCAUGAAGGUGGAGUCGCUGAGCGCACCGCCAAAGUACAUUUUGCUCAGAUCGUGCACGCCAUUGCAUACUGUCAUCGACUGCAUGUAGUGCACCGAGACCUGAAGCCCGAGAACGUUGUGUUCUUCCGCCAGCAAGGGACCGUCAAACUCACUGACUUCGGAUUCAGCAACCACUUCCAGCCCGGAACCAUGCUCGUCACCAGCUGUGGCUCACUGGCCUAUUCAGCUCCGGAGAUACUGCUGGGAGAGGAGUAUGAUGCCCCUGCUGUGGAUAUUUGGUCUCUGGGUGUGAUUCUCUACAUGCUGGUGUGUGGACGCCCGCCAUUCCAGGAGGCCAACGACAGCGAGACUUUGAUCAUGAUCAUGGACUGCCGAUAUACCGUCCCAGAUCACGUCUCUGCGGAGUGUAAAGAUCUGAUCUCGCGGAUGCUGCAGAGAGAGCCGUCUAAGCGAGCCCCUCUGCUGGAGAUCGAGUCUCACCCGUGGCUGCAGGGUGUCGAUGCCUCUCCGUCGCCUGUCUCUCCGCACUGCAGCCUCUCUCCUCAGGAGCACGAGCUCAUCCUGCAGGCCAUGAGCUCUGGGAACAUCGCUGACAAAGACACCAUACAGGAAGCCUUGGAUGCUGACCGGUAUAAUCACAUCACAGCCACGUAUUACCUGCUCGGAGAACGCAUCUUACGGGACAAACAGGAGUUGAGUGGCCUCAAUCCAGAACAAAGACACACACAGAAGUCAUUUUCUGAGCCUCUGGACCUGGUGGAAGCCCGGGGCCCUCAGGCUGAUGCUCUCAGAGACGCUUCUUUGGCUCCUGUCACCCAGUUGGGUUCUGUGUCUCCAGGUUUCUCCCGACGGGGAGUGUGCGAAUCUGGAGACCUGCUGGCUCCCAAACCCAGCCGUCAGGACACAUCCUUCAGUGAUUUUGGCAGUCCCAGCUCUUGCCUAGGUCUCAGUCUCCGCUCUGUACCUCCAGACCCCCCUCCAGUGGUCAAAAGUCUUAGGGCUUUGCACCAAAUUUGUGAGGAAGAAGAGGAGGAAGGAGAGGAAGAUCAACCUGCUGUACAGUGUAGCAAGGCCAGCUUAUUGCCAUCAACAGCAUCCCCUUUGGAUACUUCUCCCAGACGUUGUUUAAUAUCAAAAGCUCCAAGUGUCUCAGAAAAGCUGGGGGGGAGAGGAAAGGAAAAGAGCCAGGGACAUGGGCUUUGUGAAGUAUUAGCUGAGGAUGAGGAGCUUCAAGGAGAGGGAGGGACAGUCACAGAAGAGAGUCAAGGGGAUGACACCAGCAAAAAAACAACAAAAAUUGAGGAGACCGCAUCCCAGAUAGAGAAGCGCUCAUAUAUGUUUGAAGAUAAGCUACAAAUGGACCAAAAACUUCAGAAGCCUAGGGGACCUCCAGCAGCAGCAAAUGCUGAGAAGAACCCCACUGGGGAAACCAGGAAAGAAGGAAAAGCCCCUGACAGAUCUGUAGAUGAGAGACAGAAGGACCAUCAGCAGCUAGUUGGGCCUCCAGCAAAUGGCAGGACGGGGGAGAAGAACCGCACUGCGGUAGCAGGCACAGCUAAACAUAAAGAACAGAACCAGAGUCUUCAGAAGCUUGUUGAACCACCAUCAGCAGUGCACACUGAGACCCACAUUGAGGAACCAGGAAAAACUGUGAAAGGCUUGGACAGAGAAAAAAGUCAACGACACAAAGACCUUCAGAAGACAGACAUAUGUUUAUCAGUGGCCAGGACAGAGAAGACCCAAACUGAGGACCCAAGCAAAGCAAGAAAAGCUGCAGACAGGGCUGAAGAUGAAAGAAAUAAAGACCUUCAGAAGAAAGACAGACCUUUACCAGCAGCACAAACUGAAAACAAGAACCACAUUGAAGAACCCCGAAAAGCAGAAAGAGCCUUAGACAAAGCUGAAGAUAUGGGCCAUAAGAAUCAGAGCCUUCAGAAGCUAGACAGAUUUCCAGCACCUCCUAGGCUUGAUUCUGUGCAGUGUUGCUGGGGCCAGAGCGAACUCUCCAAUGAUACUCUUGAAGACAACAACAACACCCCGUCCAAGCCGAGGCUGCUUGACACCAAUGUCGUUUCAGCCCCCUGCGUCUCUCCGCGAUUCCUACCCAAGAAUCAUUGCGUGGACCUGAGACCAGACGGAGUGGAAACCCGCAAGGUGCCUGGAGAAGCUGAGAGGACGGAGGAGACAUACGGCAAACCUCAGCAGGGUCAACGGGGAUCCAGGGAUGCCGGCACAGACUCCAACAAGAACAAGAAUGUGAAUCUGCGAGAGCGCCUGCUGCAGUUCCCCCUCUGUGAGAAAGCUUUGUCAUUCAACAUCCAGCCCACAUCCAAAGAGAAACUGCUUCCCUUCGCUCAGUAUAACUGCUGCCAUGUGCUAUAGGGGAGACAUCUGAAAGCUGUUCAGAUCUCUCUGGCAUUUCACAAAGCUUGUCAACAGAGUUCCUGCUUUCCUCCCUUCUUUACCAGUAAUGGGUUUUUAAAAGACACAGCACAUGUCCUUGUCUCUUACUGUGAGGUGCUCUGGCCACACACACACACACACACACACACACCCACACACACACACACACACACACACACCUAUUCACUGUACAACCUUAGCUUCCCAUGCCCUUUACACAGCAUUCCCUGCUGCUUUCCUGUGUGGCGGCUAACGUCCUAGUGCUGCUGUGUAUAUAGACGUAAUCUAUAUCUACCUGCGAUUUGUGCGAACUCAGUGAGCUUUCAUUAGAACUAGCGUAUGUCUCGAGAUUGUAGGAGCCCUGUGAAUAAAACAGUCGCUUGUUGUUUUGCACUGUAGCAGCUUCUCCAGAGCAGAGCUUUACCUAAAGAGAUGUGAAGCAUUACGCGGCACACAUAGGGCGCACAGUUUGAGCAAAAGCUCCCAUAUGAAAAUUGAAUAUGAUCAAAUAUAUAAAUAGAAAAUAUUGCAAUCAUAUCUGAGUGAGAGCUUCUGGAACCACUGCUCCAGCAGCACAUAACAUACCAGAAACAAGAGUCCUCCCUGACCAUAGACUCAUAUUCAUUUUGUUCACAUUCAUUUUACACACAUCAGCUAACCUCAGUUACUUGUCUAACUUUUAAAACAAUUCCAUACUUGUAUGUGAAAUGUUUUACUACGACUGGAUGUUGAUUUGCAUUUCCUCCAUAGACAACAUUUUAUUUUACAGUAUACUGGAAUACGAGUCGUCAAGUGGCCUCACGUUGCUGUGUAUAGAAUGAUUUUGUCAUCUAGCUAGGACUCUAGAUGCUAUAACUGCAAUACAUUUUCCAAUAUAUGACAGUUUUUCUCAAUAUAUACAAUAUGGCUACACCAUUUUAAAAACCAUUUGUCCUGGGCAAGAGUUGAGGGCAACUUGCGUUGUGUUGCAUUGAAACAGCUUUAAAUCAUAAAGUAUUGAAUAGUUAGUUGCUUUUAAUGUGUCACUGGAUCAUUCAUCACAAUUUCAGAGGAUUACCACACAUGGAAACAUGCACACCAAAUGAAAAUAUUGCUAACUGGGAGCUACUGGCUUUUCCAUUUUAUUGACUGUUGAUUAAACAGUACUAAAAAUUGAACCAAUCCAGCAUUGAGCUGGAUUUUGUCAAAGCCUUGUAGCAUCACUAUCACCUUUACGAAUUACAGUAGGCCUCACUCACUGGCACAAAGACUGAUGUCGCUAUUCUACUGGCCCAAGUGUGUGAGGUUUCAGGAUGCAUGAAAGACAUGCAAAGCAUUUGACCAUAUAUACAAGCAUGCUACAUUAGCACCGAUCAAAGUAGUAUUAGCAUCACACUGGCGGGGCCGACCAGGGAAAGAUGCAGAACGUAUCUGUGAUACAAGAACUUGGACUGAGGUUAUUUGAAAGCCGACGAGAGAAGACUGGUCUUCCUGAAUCUCUUGUUUUUUUUUUUGUUUUUUGUUUUGUUUCAAAUGUGUACAUGGUUAUUCUGGAAAAUGUUAUCAUAUCAGAGUCUUACUAGGGGGAUGGUGGAAACAUGGUGACUUCAUAUCAUUCUUUUUUGUUGUUGUUUUACUUCACUUUUAUUUAAUUUUAUUUAAGAGGACCAUCAUAAGAGAGUGAGACUGGAUUUAACUUGUUUGCCUCGGGGUGCAUGUUGACUGUUGAGCAAGCAGUCUGUCAGUAUAAGCUCUUGGACACACCUGGACAUGUACAGUGUGUAUAUAUUCUUUUGAGCAUGUGUGCUAUUAUCUAUAUAUAUGCUAUUGACAUGAUAUUGUUAAUGAUAUUGACAUGAUAUUGUUUUCACCUAACAUACCAAAUACAAAACUAGCUCUAGGCAUCAAACCGUGACGAGAGGACAAGUAGCAUCCUGACAAAAUUGUGAGGUGGUAGACAAACAUUUAGAAACAAAAACUUUGUCACUAGGAACAGGCUAAGUAUAGAGCAGAUGUUCUAUUGCAGAAGUGUUUUGCUGUUUUAGUGCUAUUGCGUAAAGCUGAAUCAGCAAAGAUCUUACAUCAGUCACAUGUAGAAUUAUAAAUAGCUACAAAUAACACAUUCACACUGGUAAUGUAGUCAGAGUAGUCGCGGUUAUUGAUCUUCAGCUAUUCUCACUAAGGUCUUUGUGGAUGAUUCGGUUCUUCUGGAGUAUGGAGGACAAAAAUUUUUUUAUUCUAACAAAAGCAGUUUUCUGAGACAACCAUAUUUUUUGGACUAUAAGACACAUUUGUUGUCCUUGUACAACAAAAUAACACCCUUCUAUUAGUAACGUGGUUCUGCUCUCUGCUGGUUUUUGAUUUAUGUUUGUAACCAUUACAUUUCAGAUAACAGACGGCUUCUGUUUACACUUUAAGGUAAAUAUGCGUGUGAUUUAUAUGCCGAUAUUUGUAAAAAAAAAAAAAAAAUUUAAAAUGUAUAUAUGUAUGUGUGUGUG